GAACCAGCUCUGAGUGUGACUCAGUUCACUUCACAGCCUGGCCUGACAUGGAGUGCCUGACUAUGCCACUUCACUUCUGGCCUUCCACAAGAAAGUGAAGAAACAUCACAACAGAGGAAUUGGACCAAUGAUUGUUCACUGCAGUGCUGGUGUGGGUAGGACAGGGACUCUGAUAACUAUUGACUGUGUUCUUGAGCAGUUGCAAGAGGAGGAGAAGGUGGUGGUAUAGCUGGUGUCAUCAUCCACCUCCGCACACAGAGAAUGAAAAUGGUCCAGAGCUUGGAACAGUACAUGUUUAUCCACGAUGCUAUACUUGAGGCUGUAACAUGUGGUGACACUCAAAUUGAUGCCAGUCUAUUCAGCAGAAGAAUUACAGAAAUGAGUCAUCGUUACCCACAGACUCAACUUACUGAAUAUGAAAACCAGUUUCGGUGUCUCCUAAGCCUUGUGAGAUACCUAGGAACAAGGCUCUACAACAUCCAUUCAAGAAUCGCAAUGACUACUACCUCCCCCAGUGACGACUGGGGAGUUGUUUUAAGAGGUGAUAAGCAAGACUACAUCCAUGCAACGUUUGUUAAUGGUUACAAGCAAAAGAGAGCAUUCAUCAUAGCUCAGAGUCCCAUGGAGCCCACAGCCAGAGAUUUCUGGAAGAUGGUCCAUGACAGGAAGUGUGGAGUCAUUGUUAUGCUCUGUGACUUGUUGGAAGAUGGACAGUUCCGAGAAUAUACUGUUAACCUCAUGGAAGAAAAGCCUGUUAAAGGUUUCGUAAUGCGCACACUUGUUGUCGUCAAUGAGAAGGUAACUACCCAACAUCGCUAUUCUCUAAUUACCUUUCCUUGUGUGCAACAGGCUGGCAGUGCCCACCAGGUGGUUCAGUUGCACAUGACUAACUGGAGUCCUGAUGGCAGCUGCUCUCACCUGGCCACUAUCACCAGUGUGAUAAAUGAGAUGUCUGCCAUUCAGAGGAGAACUGGGAACAAUCCUAUCAUAGUCCAUUGCAGUGACACAGUGGGUAGGUCAGGGAUGUUCUGUGCCAUAGUCACCACCAUUGAGAGGUGUAAGACAGAGGGAGUGGUGGAUGUGUUCCAGGUGGUCAAGGCUCUCAGGGUACACAAACCUGGAGCUGUCCUCACUGUGGCUCAAUAUGAAUUGGUGUUUCAAGCUGUGCUGGUGUAUCUAAGGUCAUUUGAGACAUACAGCAACUUCAGGAAUCUCUCUCUAUGACUGUUCCAACCUGAGUAUUUGGAACGAUCAACGCAUUUUGUAUACCCUGUUGCUAUCAAGCUUAUAGUGCAACUACGCGCAAAGGAACCCACAUGUCCUGGAUGCAUUAAACCGCACAAUACGGAUGCGCAGAAAGCGUACGCGCGUGUAACGGUGCGCGCGUACGCACGAUUGCA